AUGUCGAAAAUCAACAACUUGGAUUUUUCUGCCCUAAAUCUCUCUGGAGAUAAUUACUUGCAAUGGGCACUUGAUGCUAAGAUCAUCCUAAAAUCCAAGGGACUCGGUGAAUGUAUCACCGAGGAUAAUAAUGCAAGUGAGAAAGAUAGAUACAAUGUGAUAUUAAUUAUACGCCAUAAUCUUAUUGUGAGUCUCAAAGAUCAAUACUUGACUAUUGAGAAUCCUCUAGACCUUUGGACAGAGUUGAAAACGAGAUAUGAUCACCAGAGAACGGUGUUAUUACCAAAGGUUAGAUAUGAUUGGAGGAAUCUCAGAAUCCAGGACUUUAAGUUCGUGGACGAGUAUAACUCGGCCCUGUUUAAAAUAGUUUCCAAGUUGAAACUGUGUGGUGAGGAUAUAACGGAUAAGGAUAUGCUUGACAAAACCUUUUCCACCUUCCACACAAGCAAUGUGUUGUUACAACAACAGUUCAACAAUGAACUGUUGAUGAGAAACAGUGAAUUGAGACCUCCUGGAACAAACCCAUUACAUGAGGCACAUGCGCCGUAG